AUGAGUCCAACUUGGAGAUCUGGCUCCCUUUGUAUAGGUAGCACAAUCGUAAACCAGGAAUUCAAUAAUGCUAAACUAUUGGAAUCAUCACACGCUUGGCUUGGAGCUGCAUCUACUUCUUCUAUUGCCGACUACCCGACUUUAUUAAAACUAAAAACGCCGACCUGGACGCAAGAUCAACUGAAAGAAGCAAUCGACGCCGUCGUGAACCAGAGGAUGCGUUUCACGCAGGCCUCCUCUCGAUACGGCAUACCGAAAGGAACCCUGUACGAUAACAUUUUAGGCAAAAGCAAACGCAUGGCCGUGCUCGAAGAAGCCGGGCUCAACCACAGCGAAGAGUCGGCCGUUUUGGAAUUUUGCUGCGAGGUUUCUCUGUCGCCUUACAACAGGCGCACGAAAAAGUCCUUGGCCUCGGUCCUCGACUUCGUGCAGAAACUUCGCAGAACUCGCGAUCCUGAAUUCAUGUUUACGGGAUUAAGCGGCUUUCGCUGGUGGUGGGCCUUUUGCAAAAAGCACAGCAUCGUUUCGCUUUACUACGAAAAUAACGCCGAUAGCUACCAGUACCAGCUACAGUCCAUGUGGCAGAAAUGCUGGAACACAAACCAGAGCUUGGUGCACAACUUGCGUUUUCGCGAACGCGGUCCCUUGAAGUCCUGGCGACCAGAAACCAUGGCCGAGGCGAUCUUUUCCGUGCUUAAGGAGGGAUUGUCAUUGUCACAGGCUGCUAGAAAAUAUGACAUCCCAUAUCCGACGUUCGUUCUAUACGCCAACCGUGUGCACAACAUGUUAGGACCCUCUGCUGAUGGAGGUUCGGAUCUGCGACCAAAGGGCAGAGGCCGACCACAGCGCAUUCUUUUGGGUGUAUGGCCGGACGAGCAUAUCCGCGGUGUUAUAAGGGCUGUCGUGUUCCGAGAUUCGCACCAGAUCAAGGACGAGUCGCACAUGAACAUGAAUUAUCCCAGAUUGCACGUAAGUACCCACUCUACUAACAGUUUGGGAUCGUACAAACAGCAACAGCAACAACAGCAGCGCAAUAAUAGCGCGCAACUGUGGGACAAGCUAAGGGACCUGGAGAAUAACAUUUCUCCGCCGGAGGAUGGCGUAACAAUACAGAGCUAUCAAAGUAAUUCAUGCAGUAACGGAUCAGACCCGAAUGUUUCUCCUGGGGCAGCCGCCGCAGCUGCGGUGGCUGCCGUCGCGCAAGGUUUAAGACAGCAGAUGUGCAGUAUGGUAGCCGCUGCGCACAACCAGAGCUCUGCGCAUGAUACUAAUCCUGUUGCCAGUUUGGUCAACUCUUUAGCACUUGCCGGUCACUGCGGAAACGUAUCAAUGCCAUCAAACGGCAUCCCUCCGAUGAGCAUGUCGCACAUAACUUCAAUGCGCAGCAUGAGCAGCCCGGCAGGCAGCAUCCAAGAUCUUCGGAUAAGUCCGGCCGAAUCCGGACUGGACAGUCCGAUUUCGUCGCCCUUAGGCUUGACGGCUCAGAGCAACAUGGAGCCGGCGAUCAACAUGAACAUCGGCUCGAACCUGAGUAACAUGGACAUGAGCAGCAUCGGCGUUUCGGGCAUGACUUACAAGCCGGCCAGGUCCUUUACAUCGCCCAGGCCGGAGAACCUCUUCCAAGAGGAUAUCGACGACCUCGUCAAGCCGAUGCACGCUUCCACACCUCACGCAAAGGACACCAUGGCGACAAUCAAAAUGGAACCGAUGGCAGAAUGUCGGGGCGAAUGA